CUCCACCUCCAUGGCCGCAAAGCACCAUCCUCUCGCAUCACCAAUUCUAACCCUAACGACAACCCUACUCUCUCUCUCCAACAAUCAAAGAUUCGAUGGCCGUGCUGGUGGCGAGGCAGGGGCGGGAGCUGCAGCGGUACACGAGCGCCGGGGGCCGCAUCGUGGUGGGUUGCAUCCCGUACCGGGUGCGCAGCGGCGGCGAGAUGGAGGUGCUGGUGAUCACGUCGCAGAAGGGGCACGGCAUGAUGUUCCCCAAGGGCGGGUGGGAGCUCGACGAGUCCAUGGACGAGGCCGCCCGCCGCGAGGCGCUCGAGGAGGCCGGCGUCCGCGGCGACACCGAGACGUCCCUCGGCUGCUGGUACUACAAGAGCCGCCGCUACGACACCACCUACGAGGGCUUCAUGUUCCCUCUCCGCGUCACCGACGAGCUCCUCCAGUGGCCCGAGAUGUCCUCCCGCAAGCGCACCUGGGCCACGGUGCAGCAGGCGAUGGAUGGAUGCCAGCACGGUUGGAUGCGUGAGGCGCUCGAGCGGCUCGUCUCCCGGCACGCCACCAACAAGCUGCAGUCUGCGCUGUAAACCCAACCAAAAUCAAAGCGAGCUGAGUCGCGCGAGAAGGGAAACGGGCGGGCUACGAGCACAGCACGGGCGGCGGCGCGAAGUCGCCGGCGUCGUGUUCGCUCUCCCGGUGAAGCGGCAGGCCGGCCGGGCUCGAUCACAUCUCGAUCGAGCACCAUAUAUUUUGGCCGCCCUCACCGGAGAGCGAGACGACGGCGGACGAAUGCCCCGCGCGGAGAUCGGAGCACGCCGACGACGACGACUCUUCAUUUGGGGUUGCAGGGGUCGUCGUCGUGUAUACGUACGUCGCGGCGAAAUAACGGCGCGAGAAUUUUAGAAAGUUUGAAGAUUCGGCAUCUUGUAAAAAAAGAUCGAAGCUGGAACAAGCCAAUUAAUUUAAAACACCACAUUGCGAAAGCAAUUCGAGAUUCUUCCUUUGAAGCAACAAAAAGUGUCAAAAUGAACCGCAGUAAUUACCAGU